GCAAAGAUGCAGUGGAGUCUGUUUGUGCUCAUUCUGAUGGGUCAGUGUUCCUUCUUCACUUGUCACCUCUAUGAGUACCACUUCAUUCAAGAGGGAAAGACCUGGGAUGAAGCUCAGAGUUAUUGCAGAGAGCAUUUCACUGACCUGGCCACAGUGUCUGACAUGAGAGACGUGGAGAGACUGACUAACUCUUCACAGACUACAGACGCCUGGAUUGGACUGAGGAGCAUCAAUGAAGGAGAUAUCAAAGUGUGGCACUGGUCUCUGCCGGGGGAGAAGUACAAUCCUACAGAAUGUGAUCCAGAAUGUGCACCUGAAUGGGCUCCAAAUGAGCCGAACAAUAAUGGUGACAAUCCUGAGAACUGUGGAGAUUUCAAACUCAAAAAAAUGGUACGAUACCCAUUGUUCUAA